AUGAACAGAACAAGAUCAACCGAUAGUUCCACAGUUCUGCACUUGCAAUCGCAACCCUUUCUUCCAAUCGAUUCAUUGAUCUUAUCAAACCUGGAAUCACCACCAACGCCCUUGCACACAUCGGAGGGUCAACCCACCUUACGAACCGACAUCUUGAACAAUUCAAAAAUUACCUUCCUGGGUUACGAUCCGUCCAUGAGGUCAACUUCGUUGUUUCCAUUCCACAUCUACAAAUCGCCAUCUUCGACACUCGUAGAAAUCGUUUUGCAAUUGGAUGCACAGUAG